GGCAUAAGCAGAGAAGACACGCUUGCCAACAUGGCAAAUGGGUGGAGGUUUGAGCACCAAAAGUACAUUGACCUUUGGCAGGAACAAACAGAAGAAGAUGCCCACAUUGCAUGGGAGUGCUUAGAGCAUGAGAAUGCUGAGAAGGAAGCUGAAGAGCAGGAAGAGCAAUGCGAAGCAGAGAAGAAGAAGCCCAAGAUCAAUGACUUUGACACAGCCAUGAUCAUGGCAGAUGUCAUCAUCCCCCGUCCAUCACAAUAUGCCAUCCAGAAGAUCAAAAACAUGGAGUACAUAGAACUUUGGUACUUUAGUCCUGAUGGCUGCCAGGAAGCUUCCACCAUGUCUAGAUCCAUGUCAGAUUCAGAUGACACUUUUGGCUUUGCAAAAGUCAAUGGCAUGGUCACCUUGAAAAUGCUAGCAUUGUUCAAGGCCUCCCACAAAGCCCUACAGGACCAUGACCUAUUGUGGCAACAGUUCAACUUGGCAAAGACCAGCUUCCUAGUCCACAUAGAAAAGAGCGGGUGG